AUGAUAGAGCUGGGAUUGAAACGGAUCGGUCGUCUCGUCCGGCAUACCCCACAGCCAUGGAAAGUCAUACACGUCGCCGGCACCAACGGGAAAGGGUCGAUUUGCGCCUAUCUGUCUGCGAUGCUCCAUGCUGGCGGGGUUCGAUGUGGUCGAUUCACCUCGCCUCAUCUCAUUGACCGCUGGGAUUGCAUUACCGUUGAUCAGAAUCCCAUACAGGAAUCCGUCUUCCGCCAUGCCGAGGAGAUUGUUCAUAGAAGGAAUGAAGAGGAGCAGAUUGGGGCAUCGGAGUUUGAGCUUCUCACAGCCACGGCUUUCGAGGUGUUUGCCAACGAGAAAAUCGAGAUGGGGGUGAUCGAGGUGGGUUUAGGAGGCCGUUUGGACGCAACGAACGUGUUGAGCAACAAGGCGGUCACAGUGAUCUCUAAGAUUGGUCUAGAUCACCAAUCUUUCCUGGGGAACACAAUCGAGGAGAUCGCCCGAGAAAAGGCGGGGGUAAUGCGGCCAGGCGUUCCAUGUGUUGUUGACAAGACCAAUCCGCCGGAAGUUCGGAGAGUGAUUGAAGAGUACGCCAAGGAGAUUGGGACAGAUGUGGUUCUCGGUUCCACAGAUUCCUCCUUUCUUGACGACCUUUCCCCUGAGGACUUCGAGCCUCAUCAGUGGGAGAAUCUUGCUUGUGCGUAUACCGCGUUCCAUCUGGCUUAUACCAAGCUACAGUCGCCAUUGCAUCGAUUGAGCCCUGCUAUCCAGAACAUACACUGGCCAGGCCGUCUUCAAACAGUGGACAUGCGAAGCAUUAUGGUUAGAACAGAGCCGGUGCUGAUUGAUGGUGCCCACAACGUACAGUCAGCUCAGGCUUUGGGUUCGUAUGUUGAUGGAAAGUUGCGGAAUCCAGGUAAAAGAGUAACUUGGGUAUUAGCGGCGUCCAAGGGGAAGGAAAUGGAAGGUAUACUCAAACCGCUACUUCGUUCUGGUGAUUGCGUUGCAGCAGUGAAAUUUGGCCCGGUGGAUGGAAUGCCAUGGGUCCAAGCUAUGCCUCCAGAGGACAUCUUAAACACUGCCACUCUCCUAGGUGUGAACGCUUCUCAGCAACUAGAUGCUGGAACAGAUGUGAUGGCAGCGCUGGGCUGGGCCGCAGUCGCUGCAGACGGCGGACCUGUUGUCACCGCUGGAAGUCUAUACCUCGUGUCGGAUGUGUUACGUCUUCUUCGAGAUGCGGAAACUCGCAAGCAUGAAAUGUUAGGUUAG